AACCCGAGAGAGAACUGUAGCAGCGUGUGGACUCCAUUGAAAAAUACGGCCUUGUUAUUUCCAACAGAGCAACACACAAGAGAACCGACACCUUGCGAGAUGUAUGCGUGGGCGCCUUAAAAACCUCAAGCAUACAGAGAACAGCAGAUCACAAGAAAACAGACCAGACCAGGCCCAAAUACUGACAUCCCCCCUUUUCCUCUUUCCCGCAGCCUUGCAGGCUGCAUUCACAACAUCUUGUCCUUUAGCAGUAAUUUACUGUGCUAAUCCAACAACCUCAGACCACUGGCACUGGACAGAAGGGCCCAGAGAUCCCCCCCCCCCCAGCUAAAGCUCUUAGCUUUGCCUGGCAAUGCCACAGCCCAGCAUCAUUGGGAUGGAGCCUCCCUUUGCUGACGCAUUUCAGAACUACUCUUUUGCUGACCAGGCCCUCACCAGCACCGACCUGCUCGCCUCCAACUCUGACCCAGAUUUCAUGUAUGAACUGCAGGACCGAGACGUCACCCACCGACAGAGCCCCUCCAUCGACAGCUCCGGAGUGGGGGGCGAUGGGGGGAAGGAUGUGGAGGGCUGCGUGGACCAGCUCAUGGGUCUGAGCGAGAGCGAGACGGUCCACAGCAGCUCAGCGUUCGAACAGUGGGACUCCUACUGGGAGGACCUCACCAGAUACACACGGCUGGCCAGCUGUGAGAUCUUGGGCAACAAAGAGGUGGAUUUCCUUGGAUUGGAUGACCUCUCUAGUCCCUACCAGGAUGAGGAUGUGAUUGGUCAAACCCCGACCCUGGCUCAGCUCAACAGCGAGGAUUCGCAACCUGUGUGUGAGGCGCUCUACCCCCCUGCUGAUAUGAGUGGCCCUCCACUUCCCGGUCACAGUAGGAGACCCCUGAUCCCUGGCCAGGGAUUUGGCCCCGGCUCAGCACGGCCCUCCCCCAGCUCCUCUUCCCGUCUUUCCCGCAGCUUUCUCCCAGACUUUCCUGAAACCUCCCAAAAAGCCACCAGACCCGUCCCCUCAUGCACCGAGACCAUGGCCAAGACCCAGACCCUCCUCAGCCUCACCCAGGACUACGGCCACGCGCAAACCAAGCCUUACGGCAGAGGAACCAAGAUGGCAGCCCCGAUGGACUUUGUGCGGAAGGCUAAAGUCCGUGUGAGUGCCGGGUUUAAAACUCAGCCCGACAUGCCCUCCCAGACGGCCUUUGAGAGGUCAAACCCACCUCCACCGCUCCCCCAGUCCCAUGACGGGAAGGCCGGCCCCUCAACGAGCGCCACCUUGGUGGUAGUUCCUGCUGCUGCAGACAGCGGCUUUGGCAGCCAGAUGAUCUAUGAGAGGGCCGCAGAGGGGGGAGGGAAGAGUGAGGUUCCUGUAGAUUGGUCUGCCAGUGUCCCCCCCCUGGUCGAGGCCAGUCCGGCCAUGGAGGGCAGCACCUCGGAGCAGGUCAGCGGAGAGGUGGAGGCAGGAGCUAGUGGGGGUGCUCUGGAUAAAGAGGCCACUGAGAAGAUCAAGGAGGAAGAGCACAACUACUCUCUAUUCCUCACCCGCUGCAGACUGGCCAGCAGAAGCCAGUCCGUGCUGGAAGAAGACGAGGAGGAGGAAGACGAGGAAGAGGCGGAGGAGGAGGAAGGCGAUGGGCUUGAGAUGGAUGACGAAGACCACGAUGAGGGUUUCGGCAGCGAGCACGAGCUGUCUGAGAUGGAGGAGGAGGACGACGAUGAAGAGGAGGAUGAAGACUACGAAGCUGACAAGGACGAAGACAUGAGUGACGCCUUCUCCGAGCCAGGUUGUGAAAUGGAGCUAAUGGACGACAUUAAAGGUCUGACGACGGGAGUCACCACCCGGAAGAGAGGCAAGCGUCGCUACUUCUGGGAGUACAGCGAGCAGCUCACCCCCUCCAAGCACGAGCGCAUGCUCAAGCCGUCUGAGUGGGACAGACACACGCUGCCUAGCAACCUGUACCAGAAGAACGGGCCUCUCCAUGGAAAGUACAUGCUGAAGAAGUCUCGCCGAACGGACGUGGAAGACCUGACUCCCAAUCCACGGAAGCUGCUGCAGAUCGGCACCGAGCUCCGCAAACUGAACAAGGUGAUCAGCGACCUGACCCCCGUGAGCGAGCUGCCACUGACCGCACGACCUCGGUCACGCAAGGAGAAGAACAAGCUGGCAUCCAGAGCUUGUCGUCUGAAGAAGAAGGCUCAGUACGAGGCAAACAAAGUGAAGCUCUGGGGACUCGGCACAGAAUACGACCGGCUCCUGUUUGUGAUCAAUGCCAUCAAGGAGGAGAUAGUUGCCCGAGUGGAGGACUCUACUCCGCGUCCGACCAACAUGGCCGACACUCUGGAGCAUCUCAUCAAAGAGACACUCGUGGCAUCACCUGUUGCUGGGCAGACUUCAGACUUCGUCAACAAGAUCUUGGAGACCACCGGACGCGGCGACCCCACCGGAGGGCUGGUCGGCCUGCGAGUCCCAACCUCCAAAAUCUAAACACACUGCAGUCCACUGAGAGACGUGUGCUAAAUAUUACCACCGUGCUGUCCCAUUGUAACUAUGCCCCCCCUCUGCAUGCCCCUCCAGCCCAAAGUACAUACACAUUGUUAGUCACACAAACACACAUACCACUCCCUGUGUGUAUGUAUGUGUGUUUGGCAUACACCCUAGCUUAAUGUCUCUGCACACUGCGAGUCAGUGCGUCACUGUCCCCCAACCCAUUGUGAGUGUCUGUUGGGAUAAGCGCCUCUAAAAGCAAGUGAUGGUCAGGUGUAUAUCUAAUGGCACAUGCUGAAUCCACUGGGGAUUAUUAGAUGCGAUGUGCAUAUUGUUGUGUUGGGUCCGUUUUAUUGGAGGUCUGCUUUCAGGGCUGAGACAGUCACACGAGUGUAACCACUGGAAUACUUUUGAAUAAUUGGUUGGAGGUUGUAUAACAAGAGGAAGAAUAGUUUCACGUCAGACACCAUCAAAGGUUUGAAAAAGUUCCAGUUAUCAUUUCCUCCAAGAGGGUCACCUUACAUGGCAACAAAUAUUAACUCCAGAAUAAAAUUAAGAUCAAAGUGACCCAUUCAUUAAAGCACUUCGAUAAAAAGGGCUUUGGUUGCCAACAAAGCUGCAGAGAGAAUAGUUUGUAUGCUCCGAGGCGUUUUCGGGGUGGCAGGAAAUAUUUUGUAUUGAAGGCCUAAAUACGUUCAUGCCAUCCCCUGUUUGCCAAUCAGGCCUGCUGUUGUUAAAAUGUAGGAGUUAACUUUAAGCAAAAUAAAGCUCGAAAAGAAACCGCUGAAGCCUAAAGAAUUUAAAAUUAGAGGCUUUAUGGCUUAUUUUGACUACGAUAACUUAAACAACAGGAGGUAGUUGACCAUAUUCAGAGGAAGUUGAUGUAGUUUGGUGCUUUUUGGCCUUGUGCUGGUUAUAACUGGACUGGGUAAAAUGGGCAUUUUGCCAGAAUGGGAGCAGACUGUGAGGAUGAUGAUGAUGGUGAGGGUGAAAUAAUCCAUCUCCUCUAGGAAACUGUACAUAAAAGCGUCUCCCACUGAAAAAAGGCACAGGCUCCCCUUUUUGUACCGUAGAGAUGACCAGGCUAACAGUUUGGUGUGUUCAUACUAGUGUUUGAUCAGAGUUCUAUUCAUUGUGCCUUGUGUAUGUGUGUGUUUCUGUAGUCUGAGUGAGUGUGUGAGCGGGACUGAACGAGAAGAGAUGAUUGGUCAGAACUCCCUGAGGUCCAGCCAACGAGGGGACUACUUUACACUGAGGGAGAUUGUUAAUGAAUGCGAGGAGGGGGACAACUGCAGAGUUUUUCAGUUGUCUAAAGAUUUCCUGAAUGUACAUAAAACAAUAGGAAGCUCUCGUUGCGUCAUGCCACAGAGUCUGUGUGUGUAUAUAAGAGAGCUCUGCAAUGGAUACUUCUGUUUUUUGGUACUCUGUCUUUAGGGAUGGGGGCGGGGGGAGGGGUUAACAUAUUAUUUGUUUAGUCACAGAAAAAAUAUUUGCACACUAUAUUUUGAUUGUUUUUUGUACCAAAGACACAUGCAACAAAAUGGCGACCAGCCAGUUAAAGUAAGGUUUUGCACAGCUUACCUGACGCCGUAUUGAAUGUAAGAAAUGUGGGAGGGUCAGGGAACUUCAUAGAACUGUGAAAUUAGCUUGGGUCCAAUUCUGUACAGAAAAGGAGCAUUUAAUCAUUUCUUUAAAUCUGAAAAUGUAACCCAUCUAUGGGCUCCUCCAGUAGAUGUGUUGCUUUGCAAGCACGUCAUUCCUGAACUGAUUCCUCCCUCCACGUGCUAAUUGUUUUAUAGGUGCUAUUUUAGGACAUAAACCAAGAGCGCUAGUAGAUAAGCUAUGUUACAUUUUUGUUUGACAAAUUGUCACCAAGAAUAACCAAAAUGUUUUGUUCCUGUUGUCACUUGUUUGUUUAUUUCUUCAACAAAAUAUUAAUUUAGCUAUAAAGUACUGUAAAUAGAAACCUUAAUGCUAUAUCUAUCAAUGGUGGAAUGCCACUUUUCAUGACAAUUUAUUAAUUUUUAAGCAUGACACAUUUCUAAAAAAGCCUAUCCUUGAAAGGUGGAGGAAAAAAACACAAAAACCAAAAAAAAAAAGUUUUUGUUAUAUUUUUGUACUUUAGCUGCCUGUUAGCUUCCCUGUUUGGAAGUAUGUGUUCAGUGGAAAGGAGAUGUGGAGGUAAAGAGGUUUUUAAGAGCAGCUCAAAGUUUGAUAUUUAAAACAACAUUUAACCAAUGGGUCUCCUUUGCUGGCUGAGGGAAAUACAGAGGAUUAUUCGAAUCACAGUGCAGCGAAGACAUGGUCCAGCAGGAGCUUUGAGGACAACAGCAGGGAAGUGUGAGGAAAGUUUCUGUAAGAAAGCCAAAGCCAUUUGAGUCUCAUUAAUCUUGGUUCAGCACUGUGCAAUGUCCUUCUGAUGUUCGCAAGUUUUCACUCUUUCACCAUGAAGCUGGUUGAAUUUUACAUUUCCUGGGAUUGGACGCCUUUGAGGUUGCAAUGCUGAAUUAUAUCUUCCUUAGUCCUUCCUGACCGUUCACAGCAGCGAAGAAUAACUUGUUUUAAGGCAAUACCGAGAAUUAAAAUAUCCUGGCCUCAAAGUGUUCAGCAUGUCCAACCUUUAGAAAUGCAUGAUGCCUGAAUGCUUGCCCCACUGCAGCUUCCUCAGAGGAAAUGCCGCCAUUCUCAGGAAUUUUAAAAAUCAGUUAGUCAUUUUGUUAGCGGGCAAAUACAAACAAAACAUCCACAAGGAUACAUUCAGGUUAGUUCCAAGUGAAAGUAAAAUGGAGAUGCAGAGCUUUUGUCUUUCUGUAUCAUGUGAUCGAAUAACAGCUAGUGCUACAUAUAUAUAUAUAUAUAUAUUUACUGAUUUCUGUUCCGUCUAAAAAGGGAGAAAUGGUGCUUUUUUUUAUGAAACUAGAAUGAUGAGUAUAUACUCAUAUUUGACUUCUUGGUUUUAGUUGUAGCCUAAUGACUUACCGUCCAUAGCUAUUUUCUUAGUAGUGAUUCAUUUUUGUACAUAGACUAUAAGUUGAUAUGUUUCUUCUAAAUGUUAGAUAUAUGUAUAGAUUACUCUAUCUUAUAUGUUUGAAAACAAAAAGCACUUUGUCCAAAAAAGAAAGAAAAAAACAAAAACAAACUAAAGAAAAAGCAUUUUUUUCUUCCAUUUGCUGCUAAAAGGCCUGGUGUGAAUGCUGCAAGUGUACUUGAUAACUACUUGCUAGGAUAGGUCUAUUUCCUGACUUGGCUAGGUCUUUAAACUGGCAGGGAAUAGGUGUGCGGCCUGACGAGGGUUAGGUCUACAUGUUUCUGGAUCCACGUAAUGAUACGAGUGUUGAAUAAACCUGUAUCAUUGCUUGGUUUUUGGAAAGAUAGGUCUAUUUCCUGGUCAGGAACCGCGUGGAUAGCGGGUUUGUGGUCUUAAAAAAAGAGGGUUUUGAUUCCAGGGCCCCUACUUUGAUCCUGACGCUGACCCCCUUGGCGUCAGGAUUCAUUUGCCUUCAGUAGAGGUUUCCUAUGGAAAAACUGAUUCUGCUUUGGCUUCCUCUUCAGGGUGAUGUACAGUGUAGACACAUUUCUCCAGAGAGCUAUAUUGUUAUCAUUUGUAAACUGAUUGCUACUUGUGACUUAAUGAGGAGGAGGGUUUAGCCUGGGGCGGCCAGGAAGAGCCGUUUGAAAGGUGUUGUUCCGGGCCGCCUUAGGGGAAGUUACUAUAUCACUGUACUGUAUGGCAAGCCAGUUACAAAUGGAGACUCAAUCCGGACACUUAUUGCCUUUUGAACUUUUACACACAAACAAAUAAUAUAAAUUGGUGAACUAGUCAGUUGCCAAAGGGUGAGCCCGAGGCUUAUGACAUCGUUCCGCCAAUAUACAGUCAACAACAACAACAACAACAACAAUAACAAAACUGUUCAGCAUAAAUGGCUCAAAACAAACCUUGACUGAAGCAUCAGACGUGGUGCAAUAUCUCCGAAAAAUUGCUACAAAUGUUGAAUUUAAAAUUUGAACUAAUUGUGCUCAGUUGAAUCUUUUGGUACAAUAUUUGAAGCAAUUUCUUUCAGCAACAAUUUUGACCAGGUCUGGCCAGCGGUCAUUGCCGCUGGUUGGCUAGUUUUGUAGUCGCUUAUGAGGCUGAUCUAAGAAAGAGUUCUCACAGGUUUUUACAUUUAACAUGAUAGGUGCAAGCUGUGCAACUUUACAUUCGAACAAGGAGACUCUGUGGCAUUUUAAAAAGUCAAGAAAACUAGUGAAAAUCCACGCCAGUAACUAUUCCUUAUUCUUUUUUUUAUUUCUGGUGAUAUAAAACCUAUACAGUCAACUAUUAAGCUGAUGGUGUAUCUUUGUGCUACUUUUGUCCAAUAAAAGCUUACCGUAUAGCUCUUCUUCAGCAAAUCAGGGUAAUAUCGUUCUUCUAUCUGACGUAUGUGAUGACAUAAAAUCAAAAGAAAAUAUAUUUAUGUAUUCCAAUUAUUGUCGCCAUUCUUUACUCUGUACAAAAAUAUGUGUGUGUGUUAUGAAUUCUCAAUGUCAAUCAAUAUAGUGCAAUCCUCUCUACACAAACUGAAAAAAAGGCCAACAGUCACAAUAUUCACAGCUUAUCCGAUGUAUCCACAUUGGAAUUAAAACAUACACGACCUACGACAUUUUCCUCUCACAAAGGAUUUGAUUUCACAUGGUGCUGAUUACUUUUCAUUAUCCAGGUAAUCCUCCAAGAAUUUAAAUAGCAUCUGUAUUUAUAUUCACUCAAAAACAUAACAGACUCCCCACCCCCGAUCUUUUUCAUUGAUUCUAUCCUGUUGGACCAAACAGAACAUUUUCACUCUGAACGACAACAAAUUGGUGAUUUCUAUUUUAUUGAGCUGUAUGAUUGCUAUUGUUAGGCAAACCAUUGUUUAUUUUGUAAAAAUCAUUCUCAUUGAUUUGAUACCACAGCCUAAAGUCACAGAGGAUCUUUAUAUCAUCUGAGAGGUACAAGAUUUCCCCCAGGACUGCAAAAUAAAUGCAUUUAUUUGGGUGUAUUAUAGGCCAUUAUUUUGUUGAUUUAAAUAGUACGUGGGAUUUCCUCCUUAUAUUAUUAAAAUACAGGUACUUAUUCAACUUAUGUAUUCAAGAAGGAUCUCCAGAGUAAAUAUUUGGUAACGCUUUAUCAUAAUAUGUUUUAGUAAUUUAUCCAUUUCAAAUAAGUUUUCUUGAACCAAGUAUGGUAUACCAUUCGGUGAUAGGAAGAGUAGAUAUCAAUUGAUACACUUACAUUGUUAUAUUACAUGUAUAUCAUUUAAGUUUCAUGGCAUUAUUUUUUUGUUUUAAUCUGUACUUAUGUAUCCAUAUGUAUGUAAUAAAAUAUAUAUAAUGACUUGGUGUAUAAUGAAUAGAUGUUCCCCUCUACUGAAUAUUUUUUAGCAUCUUUCAGCUUGUUUUCCUGGUUCUUAGGCCCCUCAACUUCAACUCAACUAAGCACUUUUUAGAAAAUUACAGAUCUAAAAGAUGAGCGUUACCAAAUAUUCUUGUCUCACUAAAUUGGGGUAAACAAUAUUUGACAAAUUGACCUCACCUCUUGCUGGCUGUGGUGUCAGAUCUCAGAGUUUGGAUUCUGUUUUCAGAUGUUUCUUGUCUUGUUUUGACCCAUGUGGGCUGCUUGUAAAAACACCUCGUCUUGAGAGGUUGUAUGCAUAAUGCCCUCCAUGUUUUUCUCUGUGUAAAUUAGAAACAUACAAAAAUGUGACAAAAAAAAAACGAGCGGGAAUAAUGUUUCUGCAUGCCGACUCCCUGCAACGCACUUAUAGAAGAUCCUUCACUGCACUCAAAGUCAAAUGUUGUCAUACUUGCUGCUAUUUAAUGAGCACAAAGGGCGUUAUGUUUUUCAUUAAGUGUAUCAAUGAUUCGAUAACAGUAUACUAUAACACAUACCCUGUUUUCUUUUUCACACUUUUUUUUUCGACAGUCAAAAGACCAAAGUGUUACUCCCCUUGCUCUUGGGUUUUUGAAUAUGAUGCCUGCUGAACCAGGUGCCUUAAUCAAAUCUUCGAGAACACACAUCUGCACCUUCUGUCAGUCUGGAGGGGGUUUCCCCACAGAAACAAGGGGCUGGGUUUCCCAUAACCUAAACUUGAAGUACAGAAAUUAAAUUAAAAACUAAUUUCAACCCAAAAUAUUUUGUAUGAGAAAUCAGCCUUUAGCAGUGAAUGAGCUUUUUGUCGUGUCUGAAUAUGAUUUCCCUUUAGUAUUACUGAAGAAGAGCAUACAUGUGAACUAAAUUCAUGUUUGGGAAACCUGGUUCCAAUUGUAACUCUUUCUCUGCCCACUACGCCACGUUCUUGUGUUUUGUGUAUUGGCUGCUGCUGCUAUCACCGCUGGUGUGUCCGUUUAGAGAAGAGUACGUUUCCACUGUGUCAAAGGCAGAAGGAGACUUGGGCCUGCUUUAAUUAGUCGAUUACAAUGCAUUCUUCUUCUGUGGUUUUGACAUUGAGCACCGUGUUGCUGCCUCUUGAGAUAUUUUUUGAGAAAAAGGAAACAAAAAAAAGCAUAAAACAGACCUUUCCGUUUCUUAACUUUGCUAUAAUGAAGUGCCAGACCCUCCUUGAAGCCAGUGUUGGCACUUAGUGGCAGGGUGCAAAUGAAGCGACAAACUGAGCAUGGAGGUAAACUGUGGUGCUAAUCUGUCAGUGGCUGGGUGCUAACAUAGCUGAUGUAAAAAGCUGUUUUAGCCAUAUUAUUCCUACUGUCGAUGACUCUUGUCAGUCUUGUGUUUCUGACUGCUGUAUGCUGACAUAGCGAGGUAUAACUUUGCUGCUGCUGCUUUGCGGAUGAAUGUAGACUAGUCUUCCUUAGCAGGAUCAUACGGACAGACGUGUCUGGUGGAGCUUUUCCUGUUGUGCUACUUCCUUACACUUUUGUUUUGAACACAGGGAGACUCCUGUUGUCCGGAUCCAGAAGGAUCAUGAAUGUUGUAUCUUUAUAUGGCCGCUGUCCUGCUUAAAUGUUUAUACCUAUUUCUUUUUAUAUUAAUAUUUUGGUUUGAUAUUUAUGCUCUGACUUUGUCAAAUGUUGCACGAUUGAAAUUUGAUUUUUCCUAAAUUAUAUCUUAUUGCCUUUUUUCCCUUAUUCCAGUGUUCUGACAAUUUAUUUGAUAUUUAUUUGUUUCGUCCUGUAAAUUAACAUGUAAUGAGAUUUGUAAGACUUAUUAGCUUUUCCACUGAAGCGUGCUUCACCAGGAGUCACAUGAGGUUUACAGGCGUCAAUCAAAGUCACAAUGAAACUGACUUUUCUAUUACUCCCUGUAUACCAAUAAACCAACAUAUUUUUUUAGCUUGUUCAUAUAUUUAAAAAAUGUAUCUUAUUACAUUUACACAUUAUAUCAGUUAUAUUAUCUCAUGUACCAUAGAUACGAUUUUGUAAAAUGUGCAACUUUUGUAAGAUAUGCAAACAUUAAGGACAAUCUAUAUUUAGUGCUUAAUUAGACAGUAAAGACUCAAUAAAUAGAUCAGUAUGCAAAACAGAUGGCAAUAUUAUAAAGAUAUAUCAGUUUGAAAAUGAAUUUACAAAUAUUUAAAUAAAGCAACAGAUAUAUUAGGAUAGAUGGAGAAAUACCUAAAAAAGGACUAUAUUUGCAAAUCAACUUUAACAAAAGUCCUGUUGUCUCUGUGUUGCACACAAACAUAAAGAUGAUUGUGUUGCAACCAGAGUCUGGGAUUCAUUUGCUGAAAGUAACAACAAAACUACCGAUUUGCCCGUAAAAACAUUAUUAUUACAUACAAAUAUAACACAUAGUGGCUUCAGUCAUUUGCCGUCCUGUGUUUAAAUGUAUAUGACUUUAACAUUAUGUUCUGUCCUAAUGGUAAAAUAACACGGUGCAGUUUCAUUGUGACUUUGAGUAGUGGUCUGAGAAGCCCAUGAAGCGUUCUGUCAUUGAAGGUUUGAGGCAGUCAGUCAGCGCCUGGAAACAGACUCAAGGACUCGGCUCUUCUUUGGUCACAACUCUAAAUCGAUGUCUGGUGCUCCACAGGUCAGGAGUCGCCCCUCUCUAACUGUGAGGGGGCAAUUUGAACAUUCGAUCAGUUUUCUGGGGAAACUUUUCCACUGCACCAGAGAUGUUUUGUCCCCUUCUGGGUGCUUAUUUUUUUCGGAAGGGCUUUGGUUCGCAGUUGUCUUGUCAGGGAGCUUCUGAAAUAAGAUGGAGGGCCGCUAAAGGCUGGUGGGCAGAGACCCCUCCACCUCCCCUGCAAUAAAUGCUGGGGGUGGGGGGGGGAAGAGAGAGAGUAAUUUCCUCUUCUGCAGACUGAUCUUUUCGAAGCGAAAACAACAACCCACCCUAAAUGAAAAUAAAAAAACAAAACCCCUCUCCAUAUCUACACGCGUCAUUAUCCAACACUAAAGUGAUUUACAUCUCCUUCCAGAUUUGCCAAAAUGCACGGAGCGAGACACAUUUAAUGAGCAGAAAAUGUUAAAGUAUAUAUUCUGUUUCCUUUCUUUUCUAUUUUGAUAAUAAAGACAGACAGAAAGAUGAUUUGAUGGGAAAUCCAUACAAGCCUAAACAUGUAGUGGAUGUGGGAGGUAUUGGUCAUCAUGAGCUCUACAGCUACAUGCUAUUGAUAUGAUGCUUCUGGUCUUGUAUGGUAACUUAUAUGACUAGAUCAACAGCAUGGGAUCUUUCUGUAGUUAGUCCUGUGUGUGUUCCUCUCCCCAGUCUCAGUAGGAGGGCUGUUCUUCAUUGCUAAGGGCUCUAUAAUAGAUCUCUUGGUGAUUAUAAUUUCAUAAAGAAGCAACUUACAGAAAGUGUAUCCUGCUGAAACUAACUUGAUCCUCUCUUUAGCAAUGACGUCUAUAUUUGUAGUUCACAUAUAUGCCUGUUCAAAUACAAUAUCUUGACAGUUGAUAUAUUUAUGUUGUGUAAUAAGUGUCGUGCUGGGUUUAACUUUUGUUAUAUCUAAGUCUUUGUUCUACAUUGUCUUUCUUUCUUGGAGGCACAGUGGGUGGGCUUUAUGCACAGUCUUGGAAAUGUAAGAUAUGUUUUUGUUUUAUUUGGUUUGUACUGUAACAACUCAUUUUGUUUCAGAGCUUCGGACAAUAAUUGUCUCUGGCUGCGUGACAUCCUGCGGCACCUGCCCUGAAUCUCUGUUGUGUUAUUGUGCCUCUCUUUUCUUUCUUAUUUUUUUUAAAACAUUCUUUCUCUGUUGUAUCAGCCAGGAGCUGAUACCACAGCUCUGCUUGUAACCACAAUAGUCUGAUUAUGUUCAUUGAUUUUAAUAUCAAAAUAAUAAAACCAUUAGCAACCCA